AUGACCCACCCCGCGGUCACAGGGACACCAGGUCCCCAGCCACCGCACAGCUGGCUGCGUGGCACCACAUUCCCCGCCGACUGCAGGGACGCCGUGCCCGGCACAGAGUGCGAUGGCAGUGAUGAUCGCGUGCCCCGGGCGCUGCCGCCCACCGCCACCACGCUGGACCUCAGCCACAACGCCCUCACCCAGCUCCACGACCGCUGUCUGGCCGCCCUCCCGCACCUGGAGGCCCUCCACAUCAGCCACAAUCAGAUUAAGGACCUUUCUCCGCGGGCUUUCCACAAUGCCUCCUACCUGCGGCACCUCGACAUGUCCUCCAACCACCUGCAGGCCGUCGAGACGCACUACUUCGACGCCCUGGUGAGCUUGGAGGAGCUGCUGCUCUACAACAACCGCAUCACGCGCGUGGAUGAAAACGCCUUCGCCAAGCUGAGCGGCCUGCGGAAAGUCUACCUGAGCUGGAACAACCUGACCACCUUCCCCUUCCACUCGGUGCAGGGGCUGGGCAACUACAGCCUCCGCACGCUGGACCUCUCCUCCAACAGCCUGAGCAGCAUCCCUGUGGAGGAGCUGGCAGCUCUGCCCGAAAACAUCAGGAACGGCUUGUACCUACACAACAACCCCGUCAGGUGCAGCUGCCCGCUCUACCUGAUGCUCCAGCGCUGGAAGCAGCGAGGUUUCAGCUCCGUGAAGGAUUUCUUUGAGGAACACACCUGCAAGGUGUCUGACAACGUGCCCCGGUCCCUGAUCAAGUUCCUCAAAUACAGCCACAUGUUUGAGAACUGCUCGGCAGGUCCCGAAGACGUGCACCCCGUGCCCUUCCCCGUGAUGGUGGGCCAGACCUUCCUGCUCGCCUGCAACACCAGCCUGCCGGCCAUGGCCACCACCUACAUGUGGAUCUCCCCUCACCACGAGCCCAUCAAACACCCGGGGAACAGCAACCGCUCCUUGGAGGUCUACCGCAACGGCAGCCUGAAGAUUGCAGUGGCCAAGCCCUGGCACUCGGGGGUCUACGUGGGCUUGGCCAUCAACAGCCCCCGCAAUUUCAGCAGGCUCUGCGAAGUCAACGUGACGGUCCACUACCCCAAGCCAGACGGGGAGACCUUCAGCACCGGCCUCACGACCCUGCUGGGGUGCAUCGUGAGCCUGGUGCUCGUGCUCAUCUACUUGUACCUCACGCCCUGCCGCUGCCUGAGCUGCUGCAAGAAGCCGGCUCCUCUCAGCCCACCGCAGGAGUGCAGCGCCCAGUCCUCCAUCCUCAGCACCACUCCCCCCGCCACCGAUGGGCCAAACCGCAAGGUCAGCGCCAACAAGCACGUGGUCUUCCUCGAGCCCAUCAGGGAGACGCAGAAUGGCAAGAUCCGCCUGGCCCUCGGCGAGGACUUCCCCGACGCCAAGCACCCCAAGGUCCUGCAGCUCAAGUCAGACUCGGAGUCCAUCAGCUCCGUCUUCUCGGACACCCCCAUCGUGUCGUAG